AUGAGAUUUAUUACUGCUGCUAUUUCAACUUUAUUCUUUACUUUGGUUUCGGCUGAUGCUUCACCAAUUACAACUGCUCCAGAUACUACUGCUACUGAUGCUGCAAAUUGGUCUACUUAUCCAUCAGUAGCUAAAACUGCCUCAAUUAAUGGUUUUGCUGAUAAAAUUUAUGAUCAAUUACCUGACUGUGCAAAGCCAUGUAUGUUUGCAGAUACUUCAAAAACUCCUUGUCCUUACUGGGAUACUGGUUGUCUUUGUGUUAUUCCAAAUUUCGUUGCAGCUGUUGCUGAUUGUGUUGCUCAAAGAUGUAAAGGGAAAGAUGUUGAAAAAAUGAGAUCUUUAGCUACUUCUGAAUGUUCAGAAGCUGGUGUUUGGACUCCUUAUUGGAUUGUUCCUGCUACUGCUGAUUCAUCAUUACAAGCAGCUGCUACUCAAACAGCUUGA